AUGAACGGGCGAAAAGCGGGCGCGGCGCUGGCCCCCCAGCCUGCCCGGCAAGCCCCAUGCCCGACAGGCGCGGCCUGGCCGCCGCCGCCACCGCCUCCGCCGCCCCCCGCGGAAGGGGGUCAAGCCCAGCUCCCGGGCCCAUCCUCCCCGUUGCCCAAACCGGUUUCGGUAAUCCCCAGGAGAUCCUUGGGACUUGAACAAGGGCCGGCCGUCGCACUCCGGCGCCCUGGCUCUCUGCCCGCGGGCACACUGCUGGCGGCCCGCUCUGUGCUGCAGCCCGCCGGGGUGGGGCGCGUGAGGCAUGGGGCUACCUGGGGGCCGGCGGCAAUCCCUGGCUUUUUACACUCAGCCCACCUCCUGGAGGUGCUCUCCGACCCCAGAGCGUCCACCUGCAGCCCUGCCCGGGCUCCCGGGCAGCUGGACAGCAGCCGACGGCCAUGCUCAGAUUCCGAGGAUGUCUCCUCCAGCGACCGAAAAAUGUCCAAAUCUUCCCUAAACCAGAGCAAGAAACGAAAGAAGAGGCGGCACAGGACAAUCUUCACAUCCUACCAACUGGAGGAACUGGAAAAGGCCUUCAAUGAGGCCCACUAUCCUGACGUAUAUGCUAGAGAGAUGUUGGCCAUGAAAACAGAGUUGCCAGAAGACAGGAUACAGGUUUGGUUCCAGAACCGCCGGGCCAAAUGGCGGAAGAGGGAGAAAUGCUGGGGCAGGAGCAGUGUGAUGGCUGAGUAUGGGCUCUACGGUGCCAUGGUGCGUCACUCCAUCCCACUGCCCGAGUCCAUCCUCAAGUCUGCCAAGGAUGGCAUCAUGGAGUCCUGUGCCCCUUGGCUCCUGGUUCAAGAUGGCUUUCCCAUGCCCAGGCGCUUUUCUAAACCCGAAUACCAACAAUUCUUUUUAGGGAUGCACAAAAAGUCUCUGGAGGCAGCGGCUGAGGCGGGGAGGAAGACAGAGGUGGAGCGCCAGGCCCUGCCCAAGCUUGACAAAGGUGACAAGGAAGAGAGGGGUCCGGAUCCCAAAACCACCAUUUCUCAGGAGGAACUGAGAGAAAACAGCAUUGCCGCCCUCAGGGCCAAAGCUCAGGAGCACAGCACCAAAGUCCUGGGGACCAUUGCUGGGGACACCCCAGCCCCAGGCAGGAAGCCGGAGACAGGGGAGGAGAUGGCAGUGGCAGAGGAUGAGAGACAGACGGAGAAGUUGAACUCGUCGCAGAAGGAGGAGAAGCUGAUCUAGGGGGAAGAAAGACGGUGGAAGCCAGCCCCGACAGACACUCUGUCCUCUGGGGACCACGUUCCUACUCAGACUGUCAGGCCUCCCUGGCCACCCCUGCCAGGGAGCAGGGCCCUGGUCUCUGUGUUUGGGGCUGCCUGGCAGGGGUGCCCAUUGCCUGUUCCCCUUGAGCAUACCCUUGCCCCUCAGUCCUCUGCCCCACCAGGCCUUCCUUACCCCCCACCCCUUCCUUUUGGGGGACACACAUCAUCAUUGCCACCUGAGAGGACACCAAGGCUCUGGUCCCUUCAGCCUCAUGACUG